GUGGGCGCUGGGAGCUCGGGGGGCCUUCGGCAGGCCCUGGGCGUGGCCGAGGGACGGCGCCCAUCGAAGAUGACGUGGAUCUGUCUGUCCUGCAUGCUCUGGCCAGAGGACCUGGAGACCCCCAAGACACACCACUUCAAGGUGAAGACCUUCAAGAAGGUGAAGCCCUGUGGCAUCUGCCGGCAGGCCAUCACGCGGGAGGGCUGCACCUGCAAAGUCUGCAGCUUCUCCUGUCAUCGGAAAUGCCAGGCCAAGGUGGCUGCCCCCUGCAUUCCUCCAUCCAGCCAUGAACUGGUGCCCCUCACCACUGACAGUGCUCCGAAGAAUGUAGUGGACACGGGGGAAGGAGCCUCCUGGGGUGGAAACGUGCAGAAAAGUCUUGAGGACGGCUCCAGCAGAGUCACUCCAAGUGUCCAGCCCCAUCCCCGGCCCAGCAGAAACAUGAGCGUGAGCCGGACCAUGGAGGACGACUGUGAGCUGGACCUGGUGUACGUCACGGAGAGGAUCAUUGCCGUGUCCUUCCCCAGCACGGCCAACGAGGAGAACUUCCGGAGCAACCUCCGGGAAGUGGCUCAGAUGCUCAAGUCCAAGCAUGGCGGCAACUAUCUGCUGUUCAACCUCUCCGAGCGGAGACCGGACAUCACCAAGCUCCACGCCAAGGUACUGGAAUUCGGCUGGCCUGACCUGCACACCCCAGCCCUGGAGAAGAUCUGCAGUGUGUGCAAGGCCAUGGACACCUGGCUCACCGCAGACCCCCACAACGUCGUCGUGCUGCACAACAAGGGGAACCGGGGCAGGAUAGGCGUUGUCAUCGCCGCUUACAUGCACUACAGCAACAUCUCUGCCAGCGCUGACCAGGCCCUGGACCGGUUUGCAAUGAAGCGGUUCUAUGAGGACAAGAUCGUACCCAUCGGCCAGCCGUCCCAGAGAAGGUAUGUGCACUAUUUCAGCGGUCUGCUCUCCGGCGCCAUCAAAAUGAACAACAAGCCCUUGUUUCUGCACCACGUGAUCAUGCAUGGCAUCCCCAACUUUGAGUCUAAAGGAGGAUGUCGGCCGUUUCUCCGCAUCUACCAGGCCAUGCAACCCGUUUAUACGUCUGGCAUCUACAACAUCCCAGGAGACAGCCAGAACAGCAUCUGCAUCACCAUCGAGCCAGGGCUGCUGUUGAAGGGAGACAUCUUGCUCAAGUGCUACCACAAGAAGUUCCGCAGCCCAGCCCGGGACGUCAUCUUCCGGGUGCAGUUCCACACCUGCGCAAUCCACGACCUGGGCGUUGUCUUUGGCAAGGAGGACCUCGACGAUGCCUUCAAAGAUGAUCGGUUUCCAGAUUACGGCAAAGUGGAGUUUGUAUUUUCUUAUGGGCCAGAGAAGAUUCAAGGCAUGGAGCAUCUGGAGAAUGGGCCCAGCGUGUCCGUGGACUACAACACCUCCGACCCUCUCAUCCGCUGGGAUUCCUACGACAACUUCAACGCACAGCGAGAGGAUGGCAUGGAGGAGGUGGUGGGACACACGCAGGGGCCGCUGGAUGGGAGCCUGUACGCCAAGGUGAAGAAAAAGGACUCCCUGCACGGCAGCACCGGGGCCAUCAACGCCACACGUCCCGUCCUGUCGGCCACCCCCAACCACGUGGAGCACACGCUGUCCGUGAGCAGCGACUCCGGCAACUCCACAGCCUCCACCAAGACCGACAAGACCGAUGAGCCCGGGCCCGCGCCCGGGGCCCCUGGCGCGCCCGCGACCCUGAGUCCCGAGGAGAAACGGGAGCUCGAUCGUCUGCUCAGUGGCUUCGGCUUGGAGCGAGAGAAGCCAGGUGUCAUGUACCACAUCCAGCAGCUCCGGUCCCGCCCGGCUGGGGGUCCGGCCGCCCCCGCCGCUGGCCGCCACGUGGUCCCGGCCCAGGUCCAUGUCAACGGUGGGGCGCUGGCCUCUGAGCGGGAGACGGACAUCCUGGACGAUGAGCUGCCCAACCAGGACGGGCACAGCGUGGGCAGCAUGGGCACGCUCUCCUCCCUGGAUGGGGUCACCAACACCAGUGAGGGGGGCUACCCGGAGGCCCUGACGCCCCUGACCAACGGCCUGGACAAGCCCUACCCUGGGGAACCCGUGGUCAAUGGCGGAGGCUACCCCUAUGAGUCUACCAGUCGGGUGGCGCCUGCCCCUGCUGGUCAUGUGGCCCCCGUGCGGCCCUCCUACUCCGCACAGGAGGGGUUCGCCGGCUUCCAGCGGGACGGCCCCCACCCGGCCUGGUCACAGCCGGUGACCACGUCCCACUACGGCCACGACCCCAGCAGUGUGUUCCGCUCUCAGUCCUUUCCGGAAAACGAGCCCCAGCUUCCCCCAGCUCCAGCCCGUGGGGGCAGCAGCCGGGAGGCCGUGCAGAGGGGUCUGAAUUCAUGGCAGCAGCAGCAGCAGCAGCAGCAGCAGCAGCAGCCUCGCCCACCUCCUCGCCAGCAGGACGGCCUCGUGGCCAGCAGGCCCAGCCCCCAGCCGCCAGCGGAGACCUCCGCCCCCAGCAUCCCUGAGUUCCCGAGGGCGGCUUCCCAGCGGGAGAUCGAGCAGUCCAUCGAAGCACUCAACAUGCUCAUGCUGGACCUCGAGCCGGCCUCUGCCGCCGCCCCCCUGCACAAGUCCCAGAGCGUCCCGGGGGCCUGGCCAGGGGCGUCUCCACUCUCCUCCCGCCAGUCCCACCCGCUCACCCAGUCCAGGUCUGGCUACAUCCCGAGUGGGCGUUCCCUCGGAAGCCCCGAGCCUCUCGCCCAGGCCUCGCUGGAGCCUCUGCCCCCUGGAAGGUCUCACUCCCCUUAUGAUUAUCAGCCGUAUGUGGCCGGACCUGGCCAGGGUUUCCGUCCAAAGAGUCCAGCCUCCUCCUCCUCCUCCUCUGCCUUCCUUCCAAACGCCGGUGGCGUCUCCAGGCCUCAGCAGCCCCCGGUCUCUCUCCCUGGCCUCACUGGUCAGGCUCAGCUCCCGCCAAAGGAAGCCCCUGCAGACCCCUCGCGAACGCCAGAGGAGGAGCCGCUGAACCUGGGCGGGCUGGUGGCCCACCGGGUGGCAGGCGUGCAGGCUCGGGAGAAGCAGCCUGCAGAACCCAUUGCCCCGCUCCGGAGGCGGGCAGCCAGCGAUGGACAGUACGAGAACCAGUCUCCGGAAGCCACAUCCCCCCGGAGCCCUGGGGUGCGCUCCCCCGUCCAGUGUGUCUCCCCCGAGCUGGCUCUUACUAUUGCUCUCAAUCCUGGAGGGCGGCCCAAGGAGCCCCACCUGCACAGCUACAAGGAGGCCUUCGAGGAGCUGGAGGCAUCGUCCCCGACCAGCACACCGCCCAGCGGGGUGCGCUCCCCUCCAGGUCUGGCCAAGACGCCCCUGUCUGCUCUGGGCCUGAAACCCCACAACCCUGCGGACAUCCUCUUGCAUCCCACAGGUGAGCCCCGGAGCUACGUGGAGUCUGUGGCCCGGACAGCGGUGGCCGGGCCCCGAGCCCAGGACCCUGAGCCCAGGAGCUUUAGCACUCCGUCUGCUCAGGCCUAUGGCUCCGAGGCAGCCCUGAGGAACGGGACCCCGGGCGGCUCCUUUGCCUCCCCCAGCCCUCUGUCCACCAGCAGCCCCAUCCUCACUGCUGACAGCACUUCCGUAGGGAGCGUGCCAUCAGGGGAGAACGGUGACCAGGGCCGCCGGACACCCACGCAGCCUUCGAUGGAUCCUGGCUUCCGCUCCGGCAGCCUGGUGCAGCACGGCGGGUCGGGCCGGAGAAGUUACCAGAGCUCGUCUCCUCUCCCCGCUGUGGGCAGCAGCUGCAGCCCUGACUACUCACUUCAGCAACUGAGUUCCUCUCCAGAAAGCCAGGCCCGGCCUCAGUUCAGUGUGGCUGGCGUCCACACAGUGCCAGGCAGCCCACAGGCACGCCACAGGACAGUGGGCACCAACACUCCCCCUAGCCCCGGCUUUGGUCGGCGGGCCAUCAACCCCGGUGUGGCUGCCCCUGGCAGCCCCAGUUUAAGCCACCGCCAGGUGAUGGGUCCAUCGGGUCCUGGUUUCCAUGGUAACGUAGUCUCCAGCCCCCAGAGCAGUGCAGCAACCACUCCAGGGAGCCCCAGCCUGGGCCGGCACCCUGGGGCCCACCAAGGCCACCUGGCCUCUGGUCUCCAUGGCAACACAGUGGGCAGCCCUGGAAGCCCCAGCCUGGGCCGGCACCUGGGAGGGUCUGGAUCUGUGGUUCCUGGCAGCCCCAGCUUGGACCGGCACGUAGCCUACGGGGGCUACUGUACCCCUGAAGAUGGGAGACCCACGCUGUCCCGGCAGAGCAGUGCCUCUGGCUACCAGGCUCCUGCCACGCCCUCCUUCCCCGUCUCCCCCGCCUACUACCCAGGCCUGAGCAGCCCUGCCACCUCCCCGUCGCCAGACUCUGCAGCCUUCAGGCAAGGGAGCCCAACCCCUGCCCUGCCAGAGAAGCGGAGGAUGUCCAUGGGCGACCGGGCCGGCAGCCUCCCCAACUAUGCCACCAUCAAUGGGAAGGUGUCGUCCUCGCCUGUGGCCAGUGGCAUGUCCAGCCCCAGCGGCAGCAGCACUGUCUCCUUCUCCCACACUCUGCCCGACUUCUCCAAGUACUCCAUGCCAGACAAUAGCCCCGAGACACGGGCCAAGGUGAAGUUUGUUCAGGACACUUCCAAGUACUGGUACAAGCCUGAGAUCUCCAGAGAGCAGGCCAUCGCCCUUCUCAAGGAUCAGGAGCCAGGGGCCUUCAUCAUCCGCGACAGCCACUCCUUCCGGGGGGCCUACGGGCUGGCCAUGAAGGUGUCUUCCCCGCCUCCAGGCAUCAUGCAACAGAAUAAGAAAGGGGACAUGACCCAAGAGCUGGUGAGGCAUUUCCUGAUAGAGACCGGCCCCAGAGGAGUGAAGCUCAAGGGAUGUCCCAACGAGCCCAACUUUGGAUCUCUGUCUGCCCUGGUCUACCAGCACUCCAUCAUCCCACUGGCUCUGCCCUGCAAGCUGGUCAUUCCAAACCGAGACCCCACAGAUGAAUCAAAAGAUAGCUCUGGCCCUGCUAACUCAACCUCCGACCUGCUAAAGCAAGGAGCUGCCUGCAAUGUGCUCUUCGUCAACUCUGUGGACAUGGAGUCACUCACGGGGCCGCAGGCCAUCUCCAAAGCCACAUCUGAGACGUUGGCUGCUGACCCCACGCCAGCUGCCACCAUUGUUCACUUCAAGGUGUCUGCCCAGGGAAUCACACUGACCGAUAACCAGAGAAAGCUCUUCUUCCGACGACACUACCCCCUCAACACCGUCACCUUCUGUGACCUGGAUCCACAAGAAAGGAAGUGGAUGAAAACGGAGGGAGGCGCCCCUGCUAAGCUCUUCGGCUUCGUGGCCCGGAAGCAGGGGAGCAGCACAGACAACGCCUGCCACCUCUUCGCUGAGCUCGACCCCAACCAGCCGGCCUCCGCCAUCGUCAACUUCGUCUCCAAGGUCAUGCUGAGUGCGGGCCAGAAGAGAUGAGCCCCGCCCCUUGCCCAGGGCCAGGGCAGUGGGGCUGGGGCGUGGCGGGAGGGGACCGUGAAUCCUGACCACCCUUGAAUCCAGAAGGAGAACUUUGGGCUGAUUUUGGAGAAGGAGAGAAGAAAGUGCAUCAUGGGGAGAGGGAAGUGAAUUACAGCGGGAGCGGGAAAGAGAGAGAGAGAGAGAGGAAGAGACGGAGGAGGAGAUUCCCCUAGGGAGAUGGAAGCCGCCUCCCAGAAGAACCAGGGCCCCCAUCUCCCCCCGCCCUGCUUCCCAAGAAUGGAGCUUCCCGAGGAGACUGCCGGCCUCCCAGAGAACCCGUUGGGGAGAGGAAAGGCUCCGUCUCCCUCACUCAACUGCUCUGCAAGGAGCAAUCCAGAGAGCAUCAUCUUACUUUUCCUGGCCGCCUGUAGGGGGCAGAACUUUCUCACUGGCCCCUACGCUUCCUCUGGUGGGCCUUGGACGUAUCACGUGGGCGUCUGCCCUGCACCCUCACCUGUUGGCCUAGAGCUGCCUCGAGCGGCUGCAAUCAGAACCAGCCCUCCGGGUCUGCGUCCCGUGCGUCUGCACACGAAUGUGCGUGCUGUCCAAAGAGUAGGGCUGGGGUGACCGGGCAGCGGGGAGGGGACAGAGGUGCCUUUGGCAGGAGCACCCAAGGUGCUCUCUCACCCUGGUCCCCGCGCCUGCACCCUGGUGGCCCUGGGCACCUCCAGUCCCUUCUCCCCUAUAGAGGUCCCCCUUGCAGCGUCACCCCUGCCUCCCCCAGGAGCUGGAGCGACACGGAGCCGUGGCCUAGGGGAAGAGACUCGGGAAGAGCCCAGUUGAGCUCCGCGCCGGCUCUUGCUCUGGCCGCGAGGUGCCCGCCUGUGCCUGGCACUCUGCCUUAGCGCCCACCGUCGGCCCCAUCCCUGGGUUUCUUGCCCAGAACAAGCCUUAUCUCUGACUUGCUUCUCUGCAUGAUGCCUUGUAGGGGCUGGGGGUCGAGCCCAUGUGCUCUGCCCAGCCCUGUUGUGGCCCCAGUGUGGGGCUUCAUUUUGGACCACCCUCUGCCCAAGGCUCUGCUUGGCCGGGCCCGGGUGGGGAGGCCUGCACACUCUGUCCUCCCGUUGGGUAUCGUUUUGGGAUCUGCCUGCCACAGGCAACCUUCCAGCCAGGCUGCCCAGUGCCCAGCGCCCAUCAGUGGACCUGCCUACAACGCCAAAGCCUCGCUGCUCCCCCUCUGCCUUGGUUUCCCCAGCAGAGCCAUGCUGCCCCAGGAGCAGAAGGCAGAAGGAGUACAUUUAGACCCAAGGCCCUAGGGUCCACGUGGGCAGUUGGGCAACCCCCGCCCACCACCCAAGGACUUGGAAGCUGGAGUGCAAGUUCACCAGGACUCCGUUAGUAAGCCUGUGGAGUCCCUGAGAGCGAGGCAUUGACUGAUAUAUAAAUAUAUAUAAUAUAUAUGUGAGACAUACUGACAGAUCUGUAAGCUAAUAAAAUAUAAGAAAAGAUUAAAAAAAAAAGAAUAGGUAAAUUGCCCAGAAGUAUUUAUUGUUCCCCUCCACUGCUUUUUUUUUUUUGCCUCCCUGGCCAUGAAUUGAUUCCCAUCCCUUUUAAUCUGUUAAAGUCAUGAGAUAUAGGAGGCCUUUCUCCUUGGGGCCGCCAGGGUUCUCCUUGCCCUGGCCUUGGCCUGUCCUGGGCUCUGUCCAGGGCCUGGCAGUCAGCUCCCAGGGUGCGUGGGGAAGCUGCAGCCUGAGCGAGCCACAGAGUGGCGGAGGCGUGGGUGCACGUGGUGGAAGUGGGUGACGCGGGUGUGUGUGUGUCCUUGUAUCUCUUCUCCUCCAGGGAGCUGUAUCUGUGUGGACAACUGUGUUUCAGGGAGCUGAGAGUGUCUGAAGUCGGGGGGUGGGUGGAGUGGGGCCUCCCACUUCCCCAAGAGCGAGGUCCCUCCAAAGUGCUCUUUCCUCGGAGAUGAAGUGCGUGGCUUGGCCAGUCCCCUCAUUGCAUGGUGAACCCCGUUCUCUGCCAAGGCCAGGGCUAUUGUAAAUAUCUUCAUCAGCCCCCAGCCAGAGGUCACUCUACACUUGAGGCUGCCCGGCCUCCACACCUGGCCCUCAUCCCUGCCUCCCACCUCCCCACCCCACACCAACAGCCCCUCCACCUUAGGCCUGAGCUGUGCGGGAUGGAGCCAGGCCCAUGCUGGGAAGCCCAGGGCCUGGCUUUGCCGGGAGAAGCAAGGGGAAGGGGACCCCAGCCCGCAGCAGCCCUGUCCCCCACCUUGGGCCUGACACCAUAGUCCCCACGUCACACUCACAGGUGGGCCCGUGGACACACGUGCACGCACAUAUGGGUACACACGCACCACACAGCACUGCAGUCUCUUGCCAAAGACUUCUUGAAAAAGAAAGCACUUUGUACUCACUGUUGUUACUUUGUGAACGUGUAUCCGCUUUUUCCUUCCCCUCCCUCCACCUGUUCGCUGUGUGUUGUUGGGUCUGUUUGUCAGGACAGCGCUUGCUGGUCUGGAAGAUGGGUUCACAGGGACCCCAGGCAGGCCGAGGCCCCGCCCCAGGCCCCCUCUCCAGCUGUCCAGCAGGCUUCUGAAGCGGGCCCAGGGCCUCUCUGAUCUGAUGAUCUGGAGGCGGUUGGGGGAGGUGGACCCAGAGGCCAGCAGCAAGGAGCUGAGCUGUGAAUGGUGCCUGGCUCCCUCCGCUAGACAGUGUGUGAGGACGGAGACCUCAGGUCCUCACCUGGGGCUUCUGACCCGUCUCUCCCCCAGCAGCUGCGAAAGCUGGGAAAGCUGGGACCCUGUCGGGACUUGGGCCCGAGCACUUCCUGGGGUGGUGCCCCAGUGGCCAGAAGGGGCUCUUGGGACGUGGAAGGGCAGGGCGUCCUUCGGCCCUGUUCUGCUGGGCCUGAGCAGCGGGUGGGGGCUCCCAGGCCACCCAGGGGCACAGAGCAUGAGCAGCGUCUUUCCACCUGCUGGGCUGCUGCCCUCUGCCCUGUGCCCCCGUCAUCUGCCCCUUGUUUGUUUUUUCCCAGCCCCAUCCGUAGGAGGCAGCUGGCCCCCCACCCCACACUUGGGGUCAUUGAAGAGGCUGGGGGCAGAAUCCCAGGCCCAUCUCCUGCCCCGAGUCCAGGCCCUGCAGUACUGAGACCCAUGUGUCCUUGACCAGUGGUAACACAGGACGUCUGUGUGUGUGUGUGCAUUUGAAUGGGUGUAUGUUUUGCUUACAUCCCUUUAAGAUACUUGGCAGUGGGUGGGUGGGGUCAGAGAUGAUGAGCAAUGGGAUGUCAAGUUCAACAUCACUCAGUGGAGAGAGGGAGCAGGAAACGGGGCCUGUGGGGCGGCUGCUGGGUGGAGGCUCAGUGUAGGGCUGGCGAGGACCAGCCACGUGGCUUGGGGCUCGGGCACAUGUGUUCCUCCCUGGCCGCUCCAUCCUCAGGAGUCCUCAAAGCUGGAGGACCUGUGGAUUUCCCGGCCUCUUCCCUGUAGCGAGGUGUUAUGGAAGGAGGUCCCACGCUUGUUUUCUAGCCAGCAUUAGAUGGUUUUGCAGUCUCCUGUGUGUCCACGCUGGGUUCAUGUGCGUGGUGCAGGUGUGGGUGUGCGUGUGUAUGUGUGUAAGAGAGCACGUGACUGUGCUUGUGUCUCCCCAUUCUCCCGCCUCCCUUCUGACACGCCAUUCAAAACAAAUGUUAAGAUUCCUCACCAACCCCGCCCCCUGCAGGAAGAACCUGGCUGUAUUUAUAUAGAUGGAAAUAUACUUUAUAUUUUGUAUCAUUGUGCCUAUUGCCUCUACCACCUUGUAUAAACCGCAGCCUGUGCUACCUGUCCCGGGUAUGAAUGUACGUUCACUGAGGCUGUCCCCACUCCUGUACAGCGGCUCGGUUUCUUUGCGAUCCAUUGUAUGGCUUUAUAAAAUGAUAAAGUUAAAGAAAAUCCUG